AUGGUUGCUCCAUCGCGUCCCCCGUCAAAUGCCUUCGUCGCAACUCUCCGCCGCGUGUACAACCCAAUCGGAUUCAGCAAAGGCUACAACUUUGUUCUCUGGUUCAUAUUCGCAGGUGGUCUGCUGGGCUUCGUUCUUGCCAGACUGAUGUUCCUGAACUACGGUGGGAUUUUCUGUGCAAAACAUCCCGCUGGAGGUGUGAAAGGAGCUGCACCCGGGGAAUGCUGGUCAUAUAACUCCAAGACGUACCUGAAAGUUGGAAUCAAACUCCACCUAUACACGAUACUACCGGCCGGUCUUCUUGCGGUGUUCCAAUUUAUCCCCAUCAUCAGAUACAAAGUGAUUCUCUUCCACAGAAUCAAUGGCUACGCCAUCUUACUUCUCAGCUUGGUGGGUACGGCUGGUGCAUUGAUGAUUGCGAGGGUUUCAUUUGGAGGUGGCAUCGAGACCCAAACCGUGGUGGGACUUCUGGCCAUUCUAUUCCUUGGGUCUCUGUCAAUCGCAUACUACAACAUCAAGAAGCUCCAGCUGGAGCAGCAUCGAGCCUGGAUGCUGAGAGCCUGGAUUUAUGCCGGCUCAAUAAUCACAUGUCGAAUUAUCAUGAUCUCCGCCGCCUCGAUCGUCUCGCUAUGGGGUCAAUUCUACAAGGCCGAGAGAUGCGACAAAUUGGCCUCCUUCUACAAAUCCAACGAGGCUCUCCUAGCGGUAUACCCUUCCUGCAAUGCUUCUACAAGCUAUGUUGCAGUGAAAGCAAAUAUAAAUGCUGGCAAUGCAGGUAAUGCUGCAGCUGCGCUGGACUUGAGCUUUGGCAUGUCCGUAUGGCUGGCUCUCGCGUUGCACGCCAUUGGGGUCGAAAUAUAUCUACACCUGACUCCGGCUGAGUUCGAGCGUCUGCGAAAGAUUUCCUACCGAAAGCAGCUUGAGGCAGGAUUCAAGGCCCCUGGCCGAGCUGGACUAACUGCUGAUCGACUCGGGGACUCUGAGUUGUGGGUCCAUGUGCCAGAUGAUCGCCAUGCCAAUUCGGCAUCAACCUAUGCAUUGUUGCCAAAUGGUCAAAAGACGAUCGACUCGAAUCUUUUGAGACAAGACCAUCAGCACGAGAUCUCCUUCUCUCAUACUUCUAGUGGAUUUUAG